GUAGAAUAUUUGUUAUGAAUGAACCGUCGACGACCAACGAAUAUGAAACGUUUGCAUAUGGAGCACCGGGCUCUUCUGAGAACGUUGAUAAUUCUGGCACUAACGACGAGGAGAUAGAUUCUGAUAUAUCUGAAAGUGUGAGUGCUGAAAGUAAUGAGGUGUGGGAUGGACGUAAAAGUGAGGUGAGGCAAAAAAAGAUAGACACAAAAGGUAAAGCCGUAGAUCAAUGUGGAUCUGAAGCAUACGACUUAAUGAUGGAUGACGAGGAAAGUUCGGAUAACAAUGAAGAUGUUAUCGAACUGGAGCCAGAUGAAUAUUAUGUUGAAAAGGUUUUAAUGCAUCGAAGAGGAUAUAAUGGUAAAUUAGAAUAUCUGCUAAAAUGGAAGGAUUACGCAGAAGAAACCUGGGAGGAGGAAUCUAAUAUUUUCGCUAAGAAUCUUAUCAAAGACUAUUGGCGUGAACGAAAUUAUUCAGGUAGUCCACGUUCGCUAUGUUCUCUGGACUCUGAAGAAUAUAGUAGCGAUGAAGAUGAUUUUGACUUUGACAUUAUAAGUGAAUCGACAAAGAAAUCGCGUGAUUUUUGUUGCCUACAAGACAUAACUACAGGGGAAACAAACAAAGACAUUAAUACCGACAGAAUGUCUCCUGAUAUUUCAGUUGAUUUUAAUAUUAACCAAAGUGAAGAAGCUUCAGAAAAAUUUAAGAAGCUGUUUGAUAAUUUACAAGUAGAUUCCGUUAUCACGUCGUUAUCAUUAGACAACCCUUACAUGCGGGUUAAUGAUCGAUUCUUGGUUGAUUUUCGACGUUUGAAAAUAGCACAGAGCGAUAAAAGACGGCAACAUGAAAAAAAAUCAUCUAGUUCAAAUUCGUGGGAUAAUGAAGAUGGAUGUAAAGAAGAAAUGGACAUUCAAGUUGAAUAUAAUAGUUGGGAUCCAUAUUUGGAACGUGUUGUAUAUAUCCUAAAAGAUUGUAAAUUUGAAAGAUUGUUUAUUGUUUUGAAAUGGAUUAACGGACAAGAAACGGUCCACUGGGCUGAUGAUGCUUACAGUCGAUGUCCUCAAAAGUUUCAACGUCCAAUGUGA